AUGUUUAACAUAUUGAUAAUAUACAUUAUCAUCAAUUAUGUCUACUGCGUGAACAUCAACAGAAAACUCGACAAAAACAGCGAAGAAAUACUCGAACUGCAUAGAAAAUACAGACAGGAUUUAGUUGAUUGUAAAGUUGAUGGACAACCUCCAGCUAAAUAUAUGUCACCAUUGAAAUGGAAUUACGAUCUGGCUGCACAAGCACAAAAAUUGGCAAACCAAUGCAUGUUCCAACAAGAAAUACCUUAUUCAGAUGAAUUUCUUUGUGUUGGACAAAAUAUUGUUGUCUGUCCAACCAUUAAGUCAGGAGUAGAUGCUUGGUUCAAUGAGCACAAAUUAUACGACUAUAAUCAAAACAACUGUAUGGAAUGUUUGCAUUACACACAAAUGGCUUGGGCCAAUACCACAGACAUUGGAUGUGGAGUUGCGAGUUGUCCAAGGUACGGUCUAUCAAUCGUGUGUAAUUAUGGUCCAGGUGGUAAUUGGACUGAUGAGAAACCAUAUGAAGUGAAAUCACGUGAAUUGUGCCCAGAAAAGCAGAAUAUUCCUAAAGACAGUUUUCAAACGAUGCGUGAAAAUACACAGCGUGCACCAUUAUCAAUAGCGAAUGUCAACCACAAAUUGUCAUCGACCGGUUCAAGUGGAAGUAGAGUUCAUGAACGACGCCCAAAUAGUCAAUGUGUUCCUACAAAUAUUAUUCAAAAUAAUCUUUUUAAUACCAAGAGUAUAUACGGAAAGAAAGCUUUACACAUGCUUUUAAAGAGCGUUCGUAGUGGAAGUGGGCUUGGCUAUGUACAAGGACAGCAUAAUAAUAGAAGAGUACGAUACAGAAAUUGA